AGGUCAUUCAGAACCUCACAGAUUCACUCCGUCGGCGCGCGUUUGAGGGGACGGUAGUUGGAGUAAACGCAGUUGCCGGGCGAUAGUGCACCACAAACGUUUUUUUUCCGGGAGGAGAAAGCGAAAUUAUACAUCACAACAAAAGAAAGGAAUCCCUGCAACGACUUUCUACAAAAACUUUACUGCGACUGCUGCAUUUAUACGGCUGUUUUAGCAUCACCGCAAGUGACGGAAUCAAAGUGUUGGUGAUAGCUAAUUGGCAAAAGCUAACGUUCGCUAGCUAAACGUUAUUAGCUAACAUUUCCCUUACACAUAGCUAGCGUGGCUAGCGUCAUUAGCUAGCUUGCUAGCUUUUGAAGCACAUUGCAACUAGAUCGCCGUGGCCCCCCUCUUAACGCAGGACAGCUUAUUGUUAGUGGUGCCGUUAAACGCUAACAUUAGCUAAGUAACAAAGCUAUCGGUCGUUUGCUGGCUUGUAGUGAGCUAGCGACGUAGCGUAGUUUACGUGAAAUUGACCGUUGCAGACGGUACGGUAAUCUAGCUAGCUAGCUUACGUUAUUCGUUGAUCCAAUCAAACACCAACUCCCCAACCCCUUCACCUUUGUCCCUCUCCCCCCACCACCCGAAACACUGGACAUCCACAAGCGGCCGGAGAGCGGCGACGGGCCAGCGGUAUUGAAGCUGGGGGUGGUACCAGAACCGCACGGAGUCGUAGCGGCUACAGAGAAGCCCAGUCGUGGGGACCUACCGUCAACUAUGGACGGGCUGGCGGUGGAGGUUCGCGGCUCGAACGGGGCCUUCUACAAGGGCUUCAUCAAAGAUGUCCAUGAAGACUCACUCACAAUAGUAUUUGAAAACAAUUGGCAACCAGAGAGACAGCUGCCCUUCAGUGACGUGAGGCUGCCGCCCCCAGCCGACUACCACAAGGACAUUGGCGAGGGAGAGGAAGUGGAGGUGUACUCCAGGGCCAACGAGCAGGAGCCAUGUGGCUGGUGGCUGGCCCGGGUGCGAAUGAUGAAGGGAGAGGUGAGUCAGGGACUGUUCUAUGUCAUCGAGUAUGCGGCGUGCGACGCCACGUACAACGAGAUCGUCACGCACGAACGCAUCCGGCCUGUCAACCCCAACAGUCCCUCCUCUCGAAACUCCUUCCACAAGGUCCCCAUCGGGGUCCCAGAAGACCUCCAGGACAUCUGUGCAAACGACAACAUCCACAAAGACUUCAGGAAAGCCAUCGGAGCCAACUGCAUCUUCUACAGUGCAGCUUCACACGAGCUCAUUGUGCUGUCGACGAACGAGACGACGGUGAAGCGCGCCGCCCUCCUGAGCGACAUGCACUUCCGUAGCAUCCGUACCAAGCUUAUGCUCAUGUCCCGCAACGAGGAGGCCACGAAACACCUGGAGACAAGUAAGCAGCUGGCGUCUGCGUACCAGGAGGAGGUGAAGGUGAGGGAGGAUCUGAUGGGCCUGGCCAUCGGCUCCCACGGCGCCAACAUCCAGCAGGCGCGGAAGGUUCCUGGUGUCACCGCCAUCGAACUGGAGGAGGAGAGCUGCACCUUCAGAAUCUACGGAGAGACCCCAGAAGCAGUGAAACUGGCCAGGGUUUACCUGGAGUUUAAAGAGGACUACUUCCAGGUACCCAGGAACCUCGUCGGCAAAGUCAUCGGCAAGAACGGCAAAGUCAUCCAGGAGAUCGUGGACAAGUCUGGCGUGGUGCGCGUUCGGAUUGAGGGGGACAAUGACAAAAAGCUUCCCCGUGAGGAGGUAGGCAGGCAGGGGGCUGGCAGAGAAGACACUGCCCCUAAAGAAGAGGGCAUGGUCCCCUUUGUCUUCGUGGGAACUAAAGAGAACAUCAGCAACGCCCAGGCCCUGCUGGAGUACCAUGUGGCCUAUCUACAGGAAGUGGAGCAGCUGCGCCUUGAGCGUCUGCAGAUCGAUGAGCAGCUCCGUCAGAUUGGGGUGGGGUACCGUGCCCCCCCUAGUCGGGUCAGUGGUGCCGGCCCGGCAGAAAGGGAGAAGGGCUACCUGACGGACGAGAGCAGCAACUCCACCAACCUCCACACCUCCCGAACCUACGGGGGCCGCGGCAGAGGACGCCGACCCUCCAACAGCCAGUACUCUGGAUACGGCACCAACUCUGAGCAGUCCAACGCUUCAGAGUCCGAGGACUUCUAUGAGCGUGACCCGCGGCCCCGGGGCGUGGGCGGAGAUGAGAGGGGCUCUCGCCGGGGUGGCAGAGGCCGUGGCUCCAACACCGGGCGGGGCCGCGGCGGGCCAGCAGCUAGGCCCACAAACUCCAUCAGCUCAGUGUUGAGGGACCCCGACAGCAACCCGUUCUCCCUGCUGGAGGGCGAGGGGGAGCAGGGGGACACGGACACCAGCGAGGGGGUCGGCGGAGUGGACCGCAGGAGACGCUCCCGCCGCCGCCGUAACGACCAGGAGCCCAGCGUGAUGGACGCAGCCGUCGAGUCCGACAGCCAGACCGGGCCCAAUGAGAACGGACUGGAUGAGGAGGGUCGACCCCAGCGCCGCAACCGGAGCCGCCGCCGCCGUAACCGUGCCAACCACCCAGAGGGGGGGUCCGCCAGCCGUGACCGCCAGCCAGCCGAUGUGACCGUGGCUGACUACAUCUCCCGUGCCGAGUCCCAGAGUCGACAGAACCUUCCCCAUAAGGAGACACUCGCUGCCCCUGAGCCCAAGGAGAAUGGGAGCAGCACCAAGAGGGAUGAGCGCACCGCUCCCACCAAGCGCUCCCCUAGCAACGGCUUGGCCACGCCCAGCGAGACCCUGACCCUAGUCAACGGCGUCUCGUAGAGGACUAGGCCCCGCCCCUUAACUCCCACGUCUAGAGCAAGACUUCAUGGCAAACUAUGUCCCUGCUUGCAUUUACUUAAACCUUAAAACAGAUGAGUGAAAAAUGACAAAAUACCUGAAAUUCAUACUACGAGAGAUUGGGGAAGAGAAAAAGUACAAAAAAACGACAACCGCAUCUUACUUAAAAACCUACGUACCGGUGUAUGUUAUUCUAUCUAUCAGUACUUAGUGCUUAUUUAAAACUAGCUUGCCAAAAAAGAGCUGGUGGAUACGACUUGAUUUUUAAAGAAAUAACAGAAUCACUGAAAACAGGACAAGACUUAUUUUUUUUUAUUUUUUUUUUGCUUUUCCUUUUUAUUUUUUUUGUUUAUUUGUUUUUCUUUGAUGUUAUCACUGGUUUGGACUUGUGGCUGCUCUCCCAUUCAAACAGACGCGUCUCUAAACAGUGUUAAAGUCCACAAGGAGGGGAGGUUUGGAGGACCGAUGAUGCUAGCUGGAGGAAGGGAGGGGCAGGCAGAUGAGUCCCAGAGGUGUCAGGAGUGUUACGUUCUGUACCCUGGCCUGACCAUCGGUUUGGUGAUGACUGACAGGCCGAACGACCAACCGGUGUGAGACAGACAUUGUGCCUUGAAUUUGAAAAAAAAAAAAAAAAAAAAAAAUAGAUUAUUGUUGAGUUUGUCUUGUUUCACAGGAAAGAGGUUUAUCUUUUUGUUUGGAAGAGAGAACAGACCAGUAUGGAGAUAACAGGAGGAUAUAACGAGUGCUGAGGUUUUAACUGUGGUAGGACAGAAAAACAUCCAGGGAAUGAGUGACUGACCAGAGAAACGUAAAGUCUGGUGCCAAACAAGAAAUUCAAAGAAGCUUGUCCUCAUUGAGAGUAGACAGGACAACGUUUGGGUUGUUUGGCGCGUGUGUGUGUUUGUGUUCGCGUGUGUGUGUGUGUGUGUGUGUGUGUGUGUACGCACAGUUGAGAGCUGGCGACCGCAGGAUUAAAAUCAGAAGGGAGGAGAAGUAACAGAAUUGUGGGAAACGUUGCCCCUGGGUCGGCGGUGGGGUCACCGGCAGACAGAGCGCUCUAUCGGCUCGGCUGGCAGGAAGAGGUGUCGCGUCACUCUCUCUCCCCCUGCUCCGCGCUGGAGUGUCCGGGGCUGACAGAACACACUGACACACCCGUAUGGCUAGUUUGAGGAGGUGAUUUAACCAAUGGAGAACAUCACAGUGCCUCUUCCUGUGGUCCCUCUUAAUCAGAGGGGGUAGGGUAGCACCGCGCUGUAGCCUCCAGCACAAACUCAUUCCUGGGUGAACUUGCAGCAUGGCGGGGGAGGUCGGCGGCUGUAGGUGAGCCACGGUGUCGCGCCGGAAUGGUUACUGUAAAUGCGGUCGGGGAGGUGGACGGACUGCGGACUGACCGGCUAACGGGCGCCGCUUUCAGAGGGGAAGAGCGGAGUAUGGUGACGCAUACCCGUGCGUAGCGUACGCCGAUGCUCGACCGCUGCACGAUUACGUCACUGCUCUGUCUCGGGAAAGGUGGGCGGCGCUGGCGUGCUGUGGGGGUCUCCUGCGUUCGGAUGAGGGGUCGCCCGGUUUUGAGAUGAACCACACGCAAUGCGGUUGUCCUGUUCCUUUAGGUGGAGGUCGACGGGCGUGGAGGGAGGGAGGGGCUUCCGAAACUCUCGGUGGCUCAUGUUACUGUCGUCUUGGUUACCGCACACUCUCAACUAUUUUUAUUUUUUUUUGUUCUUUCCACAUCAUAGAAAAUAUGAAAUAAAAUGGAAGUGAAAUCAACAACUGUCUUUGCGAUGAACUGAUUGAUUUCUGUCUUGUUGUUUGUUUGCCACUCUAUUUUUCUAAGUCAAUACAAACAACCAACUGCACUGUCAUUUUAGCCGUAGCUUUGCAAAAGGGAUUGUUCACGUUUCAGAUUCACCGUUACUUCAGCCACUACUAGCACUGCUGCUAAUGUCCACAUUGAAUGUGUUUUAGAAUCCCUACUUUUGACACUAAAGUACUGUAGUGGCUUUCUGACUACCUUUCCACCGCUCAAAUUGACCAACAAGAUGGCUGCCUUUUAACGGUGAUUGUGGAUUAGAGUAAGGCCCAUCUACUUUCUCACUAGGGGAAUUGUAACACUGAGUAUUCCGCUAAGUAUUUAACACUAGGGAGAACCUACAGCGUUGUCGUGCUAGGUGUUCACACAGCCGCUCGUACUGACUGGAGACUAACGGGAUGGGGGUUGUUUGUUGUACUGUAUUAAAAUCGCCUCGAUUGAUUGUGUGGCCCCAUUUCCAUUCAACCGUGUCUGGAUGUUUCCACGUCAGAAGACCGCACCCGAACACUGGGAAUUUGUACCUUUUGGAUCAGUUGUGCAUGCCUGCAUGUUGGAUUAAGAGUGAAAGAUGGAGCAUUUAGCUACUGUCUUGUUUUAGUCUGUGUGAAAUUGUGUACCUCGCCCAGUUGUCUGUCUUAAUACUGUAGCGCCCUCUUGUGGCUCUCUAGGAUGUCUCUGUGUGGAGAGAAUGUUGACCUGCCGUGUGGGUGUAGCUGUAUGUCUGUAGUACUGUUUAGGUACUGUCAAACUCCUCACUGGUCUUCUCACUCAUGUUCUGAUGGCAAUAAAGGACUUUUCAUUGUUUUAUA